AUGACUUCAGAUAUUUCAAAUACAACUACUACCGGGAAUAAUAAUAACAAUAAUAUGAAUGAUGAUAGUACAAUCAUAGAAACAGAUAGAGUAUUUAUAUCAUAUAAUCCAAUAUCAAGGUUACAUAAUUUAAAUAAUUGUGAAAUCAUAAAUGAAUUAGGUACAGGAUAUUUUAGUAAAGUUAAAAAAGGUUUUGUAUAUUCAUGUAAUAAAUUGGUGGCAGUUAAAAUUUUAAAUAAAAGUUUUGAAAACAAUAAUUUAAUAAUUAAUAAUGAAAUUAAAAUCUUUAAACUAAUUAAUAAUAAAAAUAAUAAUAUUAUUAAACUAUUUGAAAUUAUUAAUGACAUUAAAUCAAAAAAAAUUUAUUUGGUUUUAGAAUAUUGUUCAAUUGGUGAAAUAAAAUGGCAUUCAAAUGAUAUUCAUGCUAUUAAAUCAAUUGGUCCAUCACAAUUCACAAUAUUAAGAUGUAGAGAAAUGUUUACAGAUAUUAUUAAAGGUUUAAAAUUUUUACAUGAUUUAAAUAUUAUCCAUCGAGAUAUUAAACCAUCAAAUUUAUUAAUUGAUAGAUAUGGUACUGUUAAAAUUUCAGAUUUUGGUAUAUCAAAAAUAAUUUCAUUAUCUGAAAACAAUUACUUGAAUUUCUUUAAUAAAACUGUUGGUACUCCAGUAUUUUAUUCACCCGAGAUUUGUUUAGGUAAUGAAACUUGGUCAAUUUUUAAUAUUUCAAAAGAUGAUAUGAAUGAUAAUGAUUCAUUUUUAAAUAUUGCAUUUAAAUCAGAUAUUUGGGCACUUGGAAUAACUUUAUUUUGCGUAAUUUUUGGUAAAAUACCAUUUUAUACAAAAUUCGAAUUAGAUUUAUUUGAAAUGAUUAUUAAUAAUGAUCCAAAUUAUCCAACAAUUGAUUCAAUUAAAUUAAUUCAAUCGGAUAAUGAAAAGAUUCCAAAUGAUGAAGAAUAUAAAAUGAUUAAAUCAUUAUUUUUAAAAUUAUUGAAAAAAAACCCAUUGGAGAGACCAUCUAUUAAUGAUUUGCAAAAUGAUCCAUUUGUAUUACCUGAAAGAUAUAAAUCAGAAUUGGUUACACAGGAAGCUCUAAUGAAUUAUGAUUUGGAUUUGUCAAUCUCAGAAGAUUUCUCAGAAGAAGAAGAAAAAGAUAACGAUAAUAACAAUAACAAUAACAAUAAUUAUAAUGAUGAAAAUCCGAUAUUUAAAAAUAGAGCCGUGGAUUUACCUAUGUGUUCAUCGUUUUCAUCCUUAGAUAGUUUCUACACAGAAUCGUAUUUUACGAAUCAACCACAACAACAACCACAGCAACUGGACAAUGGUUCAUAUACGUUAAAGAGACCGAAUUUAAAACAUUCAAUGUCAUCUAAUUUAAUGAUGACACCAUUGGAGAAUGUUGAUACCGGCAGUAAACGUUCAGCAUCUUCAACGUCAUCUAUUGUACAUUUCACUAGUACAAAAUCAAAUUAUACAAAUCAAUACAAUGGGAUAAGGAGCUGGACUCCUGAAUUUAUAAGUGGAACACCAAGUGAAAUACCAAGUGCCAUGAAUAUUCCCUUGAUUGGUGAUCUUGAUAAUAAUGAUCCUAAUGUUUUAUCAAUUAAUGAUCAACAUUCUAUUAAAAAAUCUAACGAUUCUCUAGAACAAGAACAAAACAUUAAAAGAGGUGAUUUUUUUAAUACAACUACUACUAACACUAGUGACAACAAUAAAAUUUCAAAUAAUAAUUUGAUAUCUUCCUCUAUGUCAUCAUUUUCAUCUUUACAAUCAUCUUUAUCUCAGGAAAAUUCAGAACUGGUAAUGACUUCGGAAAAUGUAAGUCUAAACAACAUAUUAAUUCAACCAAGAGGAAAUUAUGACUUAACACCUGAGAAAGUUGACGAUGUCCAUGAAUCUGACGAUGAAUUAUUCUUUGAAAUUAGUCCCAGUAAGGCACGUAGAGGUCGUCGUGGAAGAACUUCAAAUUAA